AUCGAAAUCUAAAAUGAUAAGUACGCGUUUCCAAUAUAUAGUUAAGGAUCAUGCGCGUGAAAUAUUCUAUGUAGUGACCUUUAUUACGUCUUGAUUGCACAUACACAAGCUUUUUUUGGUAAGAUUAAAGUCAUGGGAUCAACUGUUGAUCGUUACAAUAGUUGAAGGAUCUUAUCGUGAAAGAUGUGAAACAAAGUUUUGUAAAAAAAAAUCGAGAAAAAAAGAACUUUAUUGGACGUUGUUAUUUCAUAGAUAUGUACGAUAGAGAAGAUAAUUCGAAAAAGGGCCGCCACUUGAUCCAGCGAUUAGGAGUAAGAAUUCUUACCUACUCGAAUAUCGAUCCGCCUGGGCAAGUGAGCAAUGCGACGUCUCUAUAACGUUCGCAGCUUUUCCCCUUAUUUUUCCUUUACGCCGGCAACGUAUCGUAUGUGUGUGCGAGAAAAGCAAAGAACGAGAUAGAAUCAGUGCUUUUUUUUCAAGCGAUAAGCAAGUUCUAUAUGUUCGAAGGCUAUACGACGCCUUACCGGCAACAUAUGUCUUGCAUCCGUGUACGUAGAUCAAAAGGGUCACAUCAAACUUUUAAUCAGCUACAUAAAUAAGGAUAAUGUAAGGCAAAUGAUAUACGGAUAGAUACAAGAUCGAAUUAAUAUGGACGUUCACGGAGCCGGAGUGGUUGCCGUUUUAGGGACCGUUGGAGCUGCUACUGGAGCAAUUUCAGCGGUGAUCGUUUACACUAUUUGUACACGACGUCGAAGAUUACCCUUGCUUACUUCGGGCGUCGGUCCUCUUAAUUGGUCUGUUCUCUCUUCUAACACUAUUAGCUGCUACAUGUACCAGAUCGAUCUAGCAUCAUUUGAUUUUUUCAAAAUCGCAUCUUGCGUCUAUCGUAUCGUUUAUUUUAGGUUCGAAAAAGAUUUGUUGAAUAGAGCCGAAGAAGCUGCGAGAUCUUCGAAGGACGUUCUAGUUGGAUUAGGAUCGAGCGUAUCUCUAGGUCGUGAUAGUAGAACUCCGAAACACAGUGCUAGCCGUUCCGAUGACGAAGAAUGGCAAUCGGAUCACGUAUUCGAUAGUAUCGCGAGUGAUUCUCCAAGGAAAAUCCGACAUCAUCUAUCCGAAUCCGACGACAUUCCAGCGUCGCCGAUGAGUCCUCUAGCACCACCUUUACCCGAAGGUGCGGUCGUAGCAUCGGAGAAGCGAAUGGUAAUCGUAAAACAUCCUCCUAGAAGCUUAGAUAGCUCUCAUUCGAGACUGAACAGUCUUGAAAUCGAGUCAGAACCACGGAACAAGCUUUCUUCCUCCUCGUCGACGUCGUCAACGGACGAAUUCAGAGGAGAUUUAGAAAUAGGAUUGAUUCACGACGCGCCUGCUGGUAUUCUUACCGUACGCCUUUUAGAGGCUCGUAAUUUGCGUGCACGUGAACUCAGUGGAACCGCCGAUCCUUACGCUAAAAUACGCCUGUUGCCUGAUCGGAGUAAUGUCUGGCAAACGAGAAUACAUAGACGUACUUUAAAUCCAGUCUUCGACGAGGAUUUCGUAUUUGAAGUAAAUCCAGAAUCGUCCUUGAACGAUAGAACUCUAGAAGUUCUCCUAUACGAUUUCGAUGCUUUCUCUAGACAUCGUGGCUUGGGCUACGCACAAUUCCAUUUAUCUACGUUAGUGGAUAUUCUUGGUCUAACGCUACAAACCGUUAGAGUACCGAUAUUGCGUUAUGGAGCCGAGGGUGGCUUCAGAGCCCCACCUUUGGGAGAAUUGAUGGUGUCUCUUUCAUAUCAACCCUUAGCGGAGAAAUUGACGGUCAUCGUUGUCAGGGCCAAGAAUCUACCUAUACCUGACGAUUCAACGAGUUGCAAUCCAUAUGUAAAGGUCGUACUUAUGCAAGAUGGGAAAAGUUUCAAAAAGAAGAAGUCCAGUAUCAAGCGGGAAGCGACGAGUCCAGUCUGGAACGAUAUUCUUAGCUUCGAUGUUCCUAACGAAGUGUUUUCGAAGUGUGCAUUAGAAUUUUCUAUAUUGCGUGCUAACGGUGAGCUAAUCGCAAAAUGUGAGGUUUCUAGCAAGUGUCAGAAGGAACUCUUCCAUCGUGUAUUGUCAGGGAAGGGUGCCUCUGCACAAUGGUUACCGUUGUCCGAGCCGGAAGUUCAUCGUAGCGAUGAAUAUAAAGAUUAAACAUCAACUUGCAGACGAUGACAAGUCUUCGGGCUUCUUAUUUCUUGUUCUGUCUAGUAAGAAGUACUUGAACUUGAAAGAAAACAAUCUAUAACGAAUUAAAUCGCACAUUAUCUAUUUUCACUAAAUAUGAACGUAAAGUUCGUAAUGCAAAUGAUACGAAUAUUUUCAGAUAUUGAUUACGAGAUAUAUAUUCGUCGUUUCAGAGAAUUAUUUUCGAUAAUAUCCAUAGAUUAAAAAUAUGUCGAAGUCGCUAAUUACGAUUGCCUUGAUAUAGAUUAUUUUGAGAGUUUUAUUUCAAAUAUCUUCUUUUGAAGUUAUAUAUCAACAGUAUUUACAAAACCAUAACGCACAGUUUCGCUCGUGAAACGUCGUGCGAAUGAUUUAAAUCGAAGGACUACAAAUCCCGUACAGUUGUGAUACAAUAUAUUAUCCAAGUCAACUGCAUGGACGCUGAUCUCAUAGAUGUAAUUGUUGGAUCUGUCGAUAGACUGAAACUUCAUGGCGUAUAUGAAUAAUUAUUCUUUCUAUAUAUGGCCGAUUGUAACUGUAGCUCGUACGAUGUAACGUUAGUUCCUGUCCAUGAAAAUUGCAAGAUAUUUUCAAUGUCGAUGAAAGCAGGCUCUUUCAACAAUGGAAAGUUCAGUAAGUGUCUCAUAGUAGCAAAAUCAGAAGUCUAUCAAAAAUGUAUAUCGUACUGAAAAGUGAAAUAUACGCAAUAUAUUAUCUAACGUUUCAUGGAGUGACAAAGUCUGAAAUGUUUUCAAAUACUAUGGGCUUACUAUAAAAAUACGUAUUUUAGAUAAAUAUAUCCACACGCACUUAUGUGUUAGGUGUAGUACACCAAACGCACAUUCGCCACGACUAAGUUAUUCUCAAAAUAACAUUAUGCCUGAUACAUAAAGAUUGUGUCACAUUAGAUUUUUGAUGUACCCAUUGUAUUAUGUCAAAUAUUCAUACGAAUCGUAAAAUUGUGCUUACCAUCUACUUAUGCUUCCUCUGAUGUGACAAAAAGUACAAAUACUUCUAAUAUUUUUGAUUUUUAAAAUGUUUUAUUCACUGUACAAUAUAACUGUACAUAAAAGAGGAAUGGACCAACAUAACGCGAUCCCUGAGUUUAGUCGAACAAUCCUGUAAACAAAUAAAAUAUGAUUAGUAUAAAA